AUGGGCUCUGAAGCGAACAAUUCUUCUUUAUCGCCGGCGGCAUCCACGAUGGCGUCGCCAAGUGGAAAGAGAAGUAGAGAUCCUGAAAACGACGUCUAUUUCGAUAAUCUUCACUCCCACAAGCGUUAUCUUAGCGAGAUAAUGGCUUCAAGUUUGAAUGGACUAACGGUUGGAGAUUCCCUGUCUGAAAAUCUCAUGGAUUCUCCUGAAAGGGAUGAAAUGUAUUCACCACUUUAUGAAGAUUCAGAUGACUCAAGAUACUAUGAGACUUCUACAAACACUUGUUCUUCUCAGCCUGAAAGCUUGCCAACCAGGCCAGUAUCUCCCUACAGGUGCCAAAAACCUGGAUUUUCAUUAGGUCCAGCUAGUACUUCAUAUCCUUCACAGCAACGCCAACGAGGCUCAGAUACCGAGGGUCAUUUCCCGUCAUCGCCCAGUGACAUAUGCCACUCAGCAGACUUAAGGAGGGCGGCCCUCUUACGAUCUGUACAAAUGAGAGCACAACCUCUAGGCUCAUCACAAUAUGAAUCGCCGCACGAAACUGGGCAUCAUAUGGAAGUUGAGGAGCAGCCAUGUUCUGAUACAAAGGCUAUAAUUGAUGAGAGGGAAUGUCGGAUUGUAAAAUGUGAGCAUGAUGAAAAUCUGGACUUGAAAGGGGAUGAAUCUACAAAUUGA